AUGCGUACCGCUACCCUCUCCGCCGCUGCCCUCUUGGCUGGCUCCGCCAUGGCCGCCGAGUGCUCCCAGGGCCUACACAUUCUCGUCGGUCGCGGCACCGGCGAGGCCGCGGGCCUCGGCGAGACGGGUGCCCUCGCAAAGAACAUCAGCGCGCUUGUCCCCGACUCCGAUAUUGUCGCCAUCGACUACCCGGCCACUCUCUCGGACCCCAGCUACGACGUUUCUGAGAAGGACGGCGCCAAAGAUGUCUACAACAAGGUCACCCAGUACCACAAAGACUGCCCCGGCCACAAGAUGGCCUACCUCGGGUGGUCCCAGGGUGCCCAGAUUGCGAUCAACGCGUUUUGCGGCGGCCAGGGUGGACUCUUUGGCACCGAUGCUGCGAUUCCCGCCGAUGCGGUUCAAGAUGUUGUCGCGAUUGCCAUUUUUGGCGACCCAAGCUUCAACCACACUGCCCCCUACGUCAAAGGCACCAGCACUGCUGACGGCCUCUUUGUGCGAAACGGCAUUGGUGCAUGCGCCAACUUUACCAACAAGAUCGUGUCCUUUUGUGACACUGGCGAUGUUUACUGCAGCAGCGGACAGAACCGCUCGGUCCACGGCCUAUACCUGGUCAACUACCCCAAGGAGAUGAUCAAUUUCGUUGUCAGCGGCUACAACAAGGCCACGGGCAGCAACGUAGGCGGUGGCAACAGCACGGUAACGACCGCUAGCCCUACGGCCAGCUCCAGCGCCAGUGUGAGCGGUGGCAGCAGCAGCCAGGCGAGCCCUACGUCGAGCACCUCACCCACGGCCACGAACAACAAGAACGCCGCUGCCGGCCUUUCGACUGGCCUGAUGUAUGCUGUGCCUGUUGCUCUGGGUGUCGCGGCCCAGAUGCUUCUGUAG